AUGAUGUCUGUGGGUUUCAUACCUGACAGUCUGAAUGCCUCAGAUCCCUCCAAAUCGGCAUUUCUAGAGUUUGGUCACGGACAUCCGGCACACCAGCAGCACUCCCCCGGACUCUCUCACAUUUAUCCCGUCCAUGGCUUGCAUGCUGCUGGCCAUUCCCAGCAUGAAAGUCCUUUUCCUGCCAGCGCGUCCUAUGGCCGCUCUUUGGGCUACGCCUACCCCGGCUCGGUGAACACUCAUCCCCAGUCUGCUUACAUGGCCUACCAGCACAGCAAUCACAGCAACAGCAGCAGUCUGACCCACAGCAGAUUAGAGCAGACAGACCGUGACAAGUCCACGAUCAUUGACAGCAGAGACAUUCGUCUAAACGGCAAGGUGAAGAAAAUCCGAAAACCUCGGACCAUCUACUCCAGUCUGCAGCUGCAGGCUCUGCACCAGCGCUUCCAGCAGACCCAAUACCUGGCCUUACCGGAGCGCGCCGACCUGGCGGCAAAACUGGGCCUCACUCAGACUCAGGUGAAAAUAUGGUUUCAGAAUAAGCGGUCCAAGUAUAAAAAGAUCAUGAAGCAUUCCAGCGGAUCAGAGGGGGAACAUCUCCACAGCACCAACUCCAUCUCUCCCUGCUCGCCCGGAUUGCCUCAGCUUUGGGAGGUCUCCAUGGCGAACAAAGGAGCACCAAUGCACCCAAACAAUUACAUGAACAGUUUUGGUCCCUGGUAUCCAAACCACCAUCCUCAUCAGGACGCGAUGCCCAGGCAUCAGAUGAUGUGA